GUAAAAAGUUGUCAAAAAUCUAUUUUGCCUCUAAAUUUUGUUAUUGAAAAGCUUGCAAUUCUCAAGCAUGUCAACUACCCACAGCAAGCCCGCGGAAGGCCUGGAGUGUAUGGCGACGAUGGACGACAUCACGGGAGAGGACGGCAACUACUGUGAGUUCCAGACGUCGCCCAGCGGCUUAUGGCACCCCGCGCUCUUCUGCGCGGACGUUGUGGAGCAGCUGCUCUCCACGCAGUUCCACACGUACAUGAAGAAGGUUCAGGAGGCCGACUGCAAGGCGGAGCUGCGUCGCCUGGUGGCUAAGGGUCCUCCGAUCUGGCUGGAGGACAAGCACGCGCUGCCCGUUCCCGAGGGAGACACACACAUCACUAAAGUGUGGUUCGCUAAGGACGACGAGGAACGCAGUGCCAAGCUGGACGGAGCUGUAGAAGGGGAAGCCCGAGAGGCGCUGUGGAAGGAGCUGCGACAGCUCAUGGAUGCCAUGGAGGAGGACAAGGAGGAAGUUCGGUAGACACACAUUGGGAGGUGAUGAUUUCUUGGAUAAAUAAAAUCAUCUAGAUUGUUCAUUUUUACAAGCAACA